AUGCAAGCUUUUGUAAUGCUCUUCUUAGUGGUUGCAACAUUGAUAAGUAACCAUGUCCAUUCAUCACCCACAAUUAAAUUUACUGAUACUGUGGUAUCAAAUCAAAUGGCUAAAACAUUUAGCAAAGCUCUUUUAGUUCAAGAUGAACAAAAACCAUCUAUUCGAGCUGAUUCUCGAAGCUCUUACUAUCCAUAUCCAAAUAAUAACUGGUAUAGUUUUCCUUAUUUAUGGCCUCCUGUCGCUGGUGUUGGUAAUCAACUAACUGGUUUAGGAACGAGUGUAUGUCCAACAAGUUUUUGUCCGACUGGCGCUAGUUGUUCACAAUUAGCUGGUCAAUUGCAAUGUGGAUCUGGGGUAAAUAACUGUAUUGGAAGAGCAAGAUUUCUUUCUUCAUUAGCACGUGUUGUAGUUAAAAAUGAUUCAUGCGAAAGUUCAUCAGAAUCGGUUCCAUCAUGGAGCAGUGGAUUCGGUGGAAUUUGA